AUGCCCUCCGGAACAGAAAGUGAUCUCGAGGCUUGUGAUGCAAAGAUGCACUCAAAAUUACAAUUCGCAAAUCCGGGCCCAUUCGGCUACGGGGCGUUCUCGACGACACUGAUGACCCUGUCUCUGUCCAUGAUGGGCAUUCGGAAUGUUGAGAAUCAGACCGUCUUCAUAGCGAAUCUCUGCUUCCUUGCCGGUAUAGGAUUGCUUAUCUCUGCGCAAUGGGAAAUGGUCAGAGGCAACACGUUUGCUUACACGACCUUGAUUGCAUUUGCCUUCUACUACGGUGGCUACGGAUUCCUUCUCAUCCCUUCCGUGGGCAUCGUGGAUGGUUAUGGAGGCAAGACGGCGGAAUAUCUUAAUGCUUUCGGCUUCUAUCUUGCUGCGGUCCAGCAUGGUCGCUUUUCAACCUUUUUUUCUUUAUCGCCGCCUUUUCAACGCAACAAUAUCGCAAACGUCGUCGUGUACGGCGCACUCGAGCUCUCCUACACCUUCAACUGCGCCGCGAACUUUGCCUUUGCGGAUGGCCACACGUCUUCGGGUAUGAGCUUGACGAAAGUCGCCGGAUCGUUCGGGUUCAUUGCCGCGCUGGCGGGAUUCUAUGCCAUGGCAAACGGCUUCUGCGGCGAUGUGCUGCCGUUUGAGAUACCGUUAGGCGAUCUCUCAGGGUUCUUUGCGAAAAGCAAACUACCUGGCAGUGGCACCAGAAGAAAAACCACGUGA